AUGCGAUUUAGAGAUAAAGAUACUUUGUUUGCAUUCUACAAAGAACAUGCACGACUGAGAGGAUUCUCCGCCAUCAAAAGAAAUUCCAACAAGAAGGGUGGUGACACUGCCAGGUAUAUAACCUACUGUUGUGAUAGGACUAGGAUUCGCAAAAUCAAGUUUACCACCAAGAGUAACAAUUGUAAAGCUAGGCUAGCUGCUGUUUUGGAUGAUUCUCGCUGUUGGCACGUCUCUAAGGUCGUUCACGAUCACAAUCAUGAAUUGCUCCCAUCUGUAUCGCGCCUGAUGGCUGGACAUAGGUUUGUUUGUGAUUCUUUGAAGAGGGAUCUUGUAGCUCACGAUCGAUCUGGCAUUAGACCCUCCAAGAAUAUUAGGCUUGCUGAGGUCCAACAUGGUGGACCGCAAAAUUUGGGUUGCACUCCAAAGGAUUGUAGAAAUUAUAUUUUGAAGAGUGGGAAUUUUGAAAUGCAAGAAGGGGACGCACAGUCGCUGCUCAACUUUUUUCGUGAAAUCCAGGUAAAGGAUAGAGAGUUUUUCUAUUCAAUCGACGUUGAUAAUAUUGGUAGGCUGCGAAAUGUGGUAUGGGUGCAUUCAGACUGUAAGGCAGCGUAUGAACAAUUCCAUGAUGCGAUAUGCUUUGAUACAACGUACCUUGUGAAUCGAUAUAAUAUGCCAUGUGCUUCAUUUGUUGGCAUCAAUCACCAUAGACAGUCAAUCUUACUAGGAUGUGCUCUCAUGUCUCAUGAAGAUAUCGAUAGUUACAAAUUAGUUUUUAGAACUUGGCUUGAUUCCAUGGGAAAUGUUCAUCCAGAUGCGAUCAUAACUGAUCAGUGUUGGAGCAUUAAGGUAGCCAUUGCUGAAGUGAUGCCAAAUACAAUACAUAGGUAUUGUAUUUGGCAUAUAUUCUCAAAGUUGCCUGUUUACUUAAGUGUUGUUCGUCCUUCUAAAAUUGUACGUGCAGAAUUUAAAUCCAUAGUCCUUGAUAACAUUACUGUUGAAGUUUUUGAGAGAAAAUGGACAGAAUAUAUUGCAAGGUAUAAUUUGCAUACAAGGGAUUGGUUCAUCAAGCUUUACUAA